GUCCAAUCAAGCACACGUCUGGAGAGGAGAGGACGGCUUCCGGGAUCUGGCGGGGCCUUUGUCCGGACAGAGCUCUACUUCCUGUCCCCGCCGCUCUGUGUCCUCUGCUAACCGUUGGCCGUGUGACCCGCAGGCGCCGGGAGAUCCAGAAGUGAAACGCCAGGCUCUCUGGAGGCCAGGAGAUGGUGUGCUUUGUCCAGAGAAUCUUUCCUAAGAGGAAAUCCCAGAGAAGCAGGAGAAAGAGAAAGAAAUGGCUGGUACUCAGACACUGUUGACAUUCAGGGAUGUGGCCAUAGAAUUCUCCCUGGAGGAGUGGAAAUGCCUGGACCUUGCUCAGCAGAAUUUGUACAGGGAUGUGAUGUUGGAGAACUACAGAAACUUGUUCUCCAUUGGUCUCACUGUCUCUAAGCCAGGCCUGAUCACCUGCUUAGAGCAAAGAAAAGAGCCUUGGAAUGUGAAGAGACAGGAGGCAGUAGACGGACAUCCAGAGAUGGGAUUUCACCAUGCUACUCAGGCUUGUCUCGAACUCCUGCGCUCAAGCGAUCUGCCCACCUCAGCCUCCCAAAGUGCUGGGAUUACAGGUGUGAACCACCGUGGCCAGCCUAGCCUCAAGGUUUCUGUGGACAAAUUCACUGCUAUGUCUUCUCAUUUUACCCAAGACGUUUUGCCAGAGCAGGGCAUACAAGAUGCAUUCCCAAAAACAAUACUGAGAGGAUAUGGAAAUUGUGGCCUUGAUAAUUCACAUUUAAGGAAAGACUGGAGAAGUUUAGAUGAGUAUAAGUUGCAAAAAGAUUAUAAUGGACUUAACCAAUGUUCAUCAACCACCCAUAGCAAAAUCUUUCAAUGUAAUAAAUAUGUUAAAAUCUUUGAUAACUUUUCAAAUGUACAUAGACAUAAUAUAAGUAAUACUGGAGAGAAACAUUUCAAAUGUCAAGAAUGUGGCAAAUCCUUUCAAAUGUUCUCAUUCCUAACUGAACAUCAGAAAAUUCAUACUGGAAAAAAAUUCCAAAAAUGUGGAGAAUGUGGCAAAACCUUUAUCCAGUGCUCACACUUUACUGAACAUGAGAACAUUGACACUGGAGAGAAACCUUACAAGUGUCAAGAAUGUGACAACGUCGUUAAAACUUGCUCAGUCCUUACUAAAAAUAGAAUUUACACCAGAGGGGAACAUUACAGAUGUGAAGAAUUUGGCAAAGUAUUUAACCAGUGCUCCCACCUUACUGAACAUGAGCAUGGUGCUGAGGAAAAACCCUGCAAAUAUGAAGAGUGCAGCAGUGUCUUUAUCUCUUGCUCAAGCCUUUCUAAUCAACAGAUGAUUCUUGCUGGAGAGAAACUCUCCAAAUGUGAAACAUGGUACAAAGGUUUUAACCACGGCCCAAAUCCUUCCAAACACCAGAGAAGUGAGAUUGGAGGGAAACCUUUCAAAUGUGAGGAAUGUGACAGCAUCUUCAAAUGGUUCUCAGACCUUACUAAGCAUAAGAGAAUUCACACUGGUGAGAAACCAUACAAAUGUGACGAAUGUGGGAAAGCCUAUACGCAGUCCUCACACCUCAGUGAACACAGGAGGAUUCACACCGGAGAGAAACCCUACCAAUGUGAAGAAUGUGGGAAAGUCUUCAGAACUUGCUCAAGCCUUUCUAACCAUAAGAGAACUCAUUCUGAAGAAAAACCCUACACGUGUGAAGAAUGUGGCAACAUCUUUAAGCAGUUAUCAGACCUCACUAAGCAUAAGAAAACCCAUACUGGAGAGAAACCCUACAAAUGUGACGAAUGUGGAAAAAACUUUACCCAGUCCUCCAACCUUAUUGUACACAAGAGAAUUCAUACUGGAGAGAAACCCUACAAAUGUGAAGAAUGUGGCAGAGUCUUUAUGUGGUUCUCAGACAUUAGCAAGCAUAAGAAAACCCAUACUGGAGAGAAACCCUACAAAUGUGAAGAAUGUGGAAAGAACUUUACCCAGUCCUCAAACCUUAUUGUACAUAAGAGAAUUCAUACUGGAGAGAAACCCUACAAGUGUGAAAAGUGUGGCAAAGCCUUCACCCAGUUCUCACACCUGACUGCACAUGAAAGCAUUCAUACUUGAGAAAAAAAUUAACAAAUAUAAAACUAGGCAAAGCCGUUAGUAUCUGCUCACAUCCUACUUUACAUCAGAGUUCAGACUUAAUAAAGUUAUUAUAAAUGUAAUGACUGUUGAAAGACCUUUCAUGAAAUAUAAGUCUCCAGAGCACACAAGAGUAUUUCUUCUGAAAAAAAUGUUGCAAUUAUAUUUUAUACUAGAUGGAAGACUUGCAUCAGUUGCUUAAACUUUCAGAAAAUUUGUAGAGAAACUCAACAAAUGUCAUAAAUGUGAAAUAACAUUUGUUCAAAAAUGAUAGCUUAGAAAACACUAGAGUUCUUACUAAAAGAUAUUUUGCAAAUACAGUAAAUGGGAAAAAAAGCAAAAUCCAAUUUAAGUAAACACUGGAGGAUUUGAAGGAGAAAGGAAUAGGGCACGGACACGUUCGGAAAUGACACUGAAUCCCUGUGUUGAGUCUACAGAGACAUCUCGACUUAAAACAGAUCAUUCAUAUUUAAGUUUAAAAGGAGGAUGAGACAGUUUUUGUAGAGUUAUAAUUACAUUCAAAAUAUACUUUUUUUGCAUUGAAAAAAUGUUAAAUUUUUGAAAAGCGAAUAUUGAUGUCAUUCAAUUCUCAAAUCAGUUGAUGCUGUGUCUUCAUUUCUAGUGUGUUGUGAAAACACAUGGUCAAUUGUUGCGGCAUCAGAGAUAUGAGAAAUUCCUUUCUAUUAGGUGUGCAUCACUGAUAUGCUUGUCCAUGAAAGGUGAAAGACACUGAAAUGUAAGAUGCGUGAGUAAAAUCUUGGUAGAGAGGCUCUUUGUGGUUGUUUUAUAUACUUGUAAGUGAAUUAUGAGAUAGUUAUUUAGAAUAAUACUCUUCUGUUAGGGUCACCCUGAUCAGACCGUUCCCUUCCCCUCCCACAGGCCUUACAAUACAGUCCCUUGCACUCUCCGCACAGCUACCCCAGGGCAAAAGACAAACCCCCCCUUCACUGACCCCUCCAGUUACAGGAUGCGGUUAACAUGUCUGUUCACCUCGCAUAACAAAGCUGGCAAAAAACAUCUCCAGGAUGCAGACAAGACACCUGCACCCCUGACUCAGCUCCCCCACCCCGAUCUGGUUCUGGCCCUAUAAAAACCUGCUAUAGUCUGUAAGCGGGGCUGCCUCCUCUAACUGUGGCGGAGCAGCCAAGCAGCCCAAUAAAGCUUGCUUGCCUG